UGUCAUUGUCAUUCUUGACAAUUGACAUUCCUUUCUUUACGUCCGUCCAGCACGUACGUAGUGAUUUUGUUGUUUUAUGUUUUCUUUUAUCAAAUUAUGAAUUGUAACCAAAUCUUAUCAGUAAAGUGAUAAAGAAUAUUAAACAAACCAUUUGGUGCUGCCUUGGACUUAGUCACGACCCCAACUAAAAAUGGAUACCCUAAAAAAGAAUUGGUUCACUGAAGAUUGUGAGAUGUGGCCUGGUGGUACAUUCUCCAUUGAAGUUAAAGAAGUUUUGUAUUCAGAGCCAUCUGCUUACCAAAAAAUAAAUGUGUAUGAUACUACUAAAUUUGGUAAAGUGUUGGUACUAGAUGGCAUUAUUCAAUGCACAGAGAAGGACGAAUUUGCUUACCAGGAGAUGAUAUCAUUCCUACCUCUGUGCCUUCACAAGAAUCCGGAAAAGGUGCUGAUUGUGGGUGGAGGUGAUGGAGGAGUUGCCCGAGAAGUUGCCAAACACCCCAAAGUGAAAGAAAUAGUCCAGGUGGAAAUCGACGAGAAAGUCAUCGAAGUCUCGAAAAAAUACCUACCGUUUAUGGCGGUAGGUUUCGACAGUCCAAAGCUAAAACUUCACGUCUGCGACGGAUUUGAAUUUAUGGCAAAUCAUAAACACGAGUUCGAUGUUAUAAUCACGGACAGUAGCGACCCCGUAGGGCCAGCCGUAAAUUUGUUCAGAGAAAACUAUUUUAUACUCUUGAAAGGUGCGCUGAAACCAAACGGGAUAAUUUGCUCCCAGGCUGGAACCGUCUGGAAUGAUCUAGACCUUGUGUCCAAUAUUCUACAAAUAUGCAAUAACCAGUUUGCUAAAGCCGCUUACGCCUACGCUUCAGUCCCCACAUACCCCUCAGGACAAAUUGGUUUCGUUAUCGGAUCUUUAGACAAAGACGUCGUUUUUGAUAAACCCGAACAUGUUUUUACUGAAGAAGAUGAAAAAGAGAUGAAGUUAAGGUACUACAGCAGUGAUAUUCAUAAGGCUGCAUUCGUGCUACCAACCUUUGUGAAACAACACUUAGCUAGAAAUGUAACCGGGUAACUUGUACUUAAACAUGCAUUUAUUUUAGAAUGUAGGUAAGCGUCUUAACCAUGAGACGUAUUGAAUCUAUUAUUGAAUUUUAUUAUAUUUAUCAGGUUUUUAAUCUUCGGGUGUUAUUUGUAACGAUUUAAUAAUAUUUAUUGUACUGUUGUUUAUCCAAAAUUCAUUAUAUUUUAUUAACAAAUGAUAUUAUGAGAUUGUUACUUAGACAGUAAAAGUCGCAUUUAUUUUAGGUAGAUUCCCGACUUUAAAAGUCAUAUCGCGGUCUUCCAUUAAUUAAACUAAAAUUGUAUUUAUUGAAAUAUUUAACGCAUAAUCCUUAAACCAGAGUGGCCUUAAAUAAAAUUAUGUUUUGAAUAGUAUGAAUGCAUUCUGUGCUUGCAUGCAUGUAUUGUAUUAAGUAGUAUAUAAGUGUUAUUGGAUACGUAUAUAGAUUGUUUAAAUAUAAUAAUACUCUGGUUCAUGUUACAGCAGUCAUUAUCUUUGGGUCCGUUCAUAACAUACAUUCCUUAUCAAUUACUAAAUUACUAUUUAUUAAAUAAUAAUGAAGAAGAUUAUUUUUUAAGACUAUCUAUUCUUAAAGAC